AUGGGCCAACUACCUCUCUCUCGGGUUACGCAGGCACGACCGUUCACUCAUACAGGUGUGGACUACGCGGGGCCACUCGCCGUCAAAACAUGGAAAGGAAGAGGUGCCAAAACAACCAAAGGCUGGAUUUGCGUCUUCGUCUGCUUCUCAACCUCAGCAGUACACCUCGAGGCAGUUAGUGACUACUCAUCCGAAGGGUUCAUUGCCGCCUAUCGACGCUUCUCAUCCAGACGCGGCAUCGCUCACACCUUACAAUCAGACUGCGGCACCAAUCUCAUCGGCGCAGACACGGCUCUCGAACGGCUCCUUAUCCAGAGCACUCAAGAACAUCAGCGAGUUUCGCUCCUGCUCUCGCAAGAUAACACCCGAUGGGAAUUCAAUCCCCCUGCGACACCUCACAAGGGAGGAAAAUGGGAGGCCGUCGUACAUUCAAUCAAAUUCCAUCUACGGCGCACCAUUGGAGAAGCCGUGCUCACCCUUGAGGAGCUCACCACAUUGCUCACUCAAAUUGAGGCAAUUCUCAACUCGCGACCUCUCGAACCAUUGAGUGACGACUCAGAAGACAUCUCAGCACUCACGCCAGGUCACUCCCUCGUCGGAAGUCCUCUCAACGCCAAACCAGAGCCAUCACUCACUGACCUGGCAAUCUCAAGACACUCAUGA